AUGAAGGGCUCCAACAUAGUUGCCUACAUCGCCAAGUUCAGCGAUCUGGUGGCUCUAUGUCCUGGAGUGGUCCCUACUGAGGGAAAGAAGGUCGAGAUCAUGAAUGCUGGUGAAAGUUCCCAACCACAAAAGCCUAAUGAUACUCCUAAUGCUCAAGGAUCUCCUAUGAUGACCAUGUCGGUUAAUCACGCUGAGAAACCUGAGAAGUUCUCUGGAUUAAACUUUAAGAGGUGGCAGCAAAAGAUGGUUUUGAAUUAUGUUCUUAAUGGUCUUGUUGAUUUGCUUUAUAAUGUGUAUUGUGUAACAAAGACAACCAAAGAACUAUGGGACUCUUUGGACAAAAAGUAUAAAACUGAAGAGGUCGGGACAAAGAAAUUUUUGGUUGCCCUGUUUCUUGACUAUAAAAUGGUGGAUGGAAAAAUUAAAGGCAAGGGUUCAAACUUCGGAGCCAAAGGUGGAACUUUGAAGAAAACGUUUCAAGGAACCUGCCAUAACUAUGAUCGACGGGGUCAUCGGGCUUCUAAUUGCAAGCCCCCAAAGAAGGCUAAUGAGGCAAAUGUCGUGGAGAAGAUAACCAAUGAUGUUUCUGUUAUCGAUCUUGUACCGGUUAUUUCUGAAGUUAAUCUUGUGGAGUCCAAUCCAAGGGAGCGGUGGAUUGAUAUGGGAGCUACCCUUCAUGUUUGCUUGAAUAGAGAAUGGUUCAGAAGCUUCAUGGUUGUGGAAAAUUGUGAUAAGUUAUUUAUAGGAAACUCGGCUACUUCUUAUAUCCAAGGUGUUGGAAAGAUUGUGUCGAAGAUGACGUCGAGAAGAGACCUGACAUUGAAUGAUGUGUUGUAUGUACCCGAAAUUCAUAAGAAUCUUGUGUUGGGUUGA